AAACUAGGGGCAACUUGUGAGGCCUGAGGGGUAAUUAAAAGUGACCAAGUUACAAGAGCGACAAGAGAUCCCCCAAAACAUCAAGGGCAGAGAGGCAGCUAAUAGAGAGCCAGCAUGAUGGAGAAUGAGAGAUUUGGGGUGAUAAGAGACUCAAUGAAGAAUAAUCAGCUGCUGCAAAAGGCUGAAUUUGGAAGAAUUAAGAGAAGAUGCUACACUUUACCGGGACCAAAUUUUACGUACGGACAGAGCAGUUUUGUAAAGGAGGGCGGCGUUGCUACAGCUAUAGGUCACUGGGACGUCGUAGACGAGAAAUCCAAGGUUCGUCAUAGAAAACUCCAACCAAACUUUAUCGCCUUGAAUCGCGAGAGCGUGAAAUCGGGCCUGGUCACCGCGGCCGAACAUCAGACGUUUCGGAACACCCACCAGAUCUGGUGUCCACUUCACGAAGGCCACGGACCUCGCCCUAGUCUGACAUUCCCCCCCGACAUGACUUUUGGAAUCUGCACAAGACCCUCGACACCCAUCUAUGAUCUUCUGGAGAACAAAUACCAAUACGUCUGGAUCCAGCAGCAGAGAGAGGCGAGUGAGGCACUCAAACUCAAGUCACAGGAAAAGAUCAAGAAGGAGAGAGUGCAAGACACACGGACAACGAUCCUAAGGAGGUACCAACCACCAGAAGAUCCCGCGCCAUUGUGGCAAUUACCUCGUUUUCAGAAGGUCGGUCCUCACCUCGAUACCUUCCCAAACCAGGCGGCACGUCAAAAAGCCUUUAGUGCCCAGCACUCGGACGGGAUCGCACACCGAGGCCUCCGCGGACAGGGGGUAUACAACAUAAGCUGAGAGCCGAAAACGUCUGGAAACCAUUGCAAGAAAUAAAGCUUUUGGUUGGGUUCA